AACACAACGCAGCAGGGUCCAGACUCUGGCAGCAUCAGGGAGCAGUAGAAGAAGAAGCCAAUCUCGGUGGUAGCUCUCGUCGUCAAAGCGAGACUCAUCCAGAGAAGUGACGCUCCCUUCUGCAAUGUGGAACCCGCCAGUCUGUUGCUCCACAGCCACAGACACGCCGGAGCUGCAAUGAAGUAUCUAAAGCAGCAACAAGAUUCAUGUGAACAUAGCAAAUACUGAAGUCAAGGUGUUCUGUGACUUGGCAGGCAGGGGCCUCGUCCUUGUGGGCUUCAUGCUGUGGUCUGCUGAAUGAAGUCAUGGGUACCGGGGCCGUCAGAGGCCAGCAGCCAGGGUUUGGAGCCGGUGCUGGACCCUUCAGAUUUGCACCCAGUGCGGGAUACUCCACAUACCCGCCCACCAGCUCAGGGACUCCCAAUCUUGUAUGCAAGGCCUGUGGCCAGGCUUUCUCAGUCUUCAGGAGGAAGUAUAUUUGCUGCGACUGCAAGAAGAGCUUUUGCUCGCUGUGCUCCGUCCUUCAGGAGAAUCUGCGCAUUUGUGCCACAUGCCAUUUGCUGAAAGCCACAGCCUUUCAGCGGCCUCGGCUUAUGCGUCUACGAGUAAAAGAUCUGCGCCAGUACUUGCUGCUCCGCAACAUCCCCAUCGAUACCUGCAGGGAAAAGGAAGACUUGGUGGAGUUGGUGCUCUGUCAUCAAGGCAUUGAAGAGGAGGAGGACCCUGACACGGGCAGCUUGCACUCACGUUCCCUGUAUACCCCUUCUACCACACAAUCUGCCUCUGAGCUGUCCGCUUUUGUCACCUCUCAGGAGGAACCGCUCAGCAGAAGUGAUAGCUCUGAUACCAACCAGGAUAUAGGUGACGCAACGUCUGUGUCUCUCCUCAACUUGGAUCCCAGUGAACACACCCCUGAGGUGAGUCCUCAGACACGGCGUCGGGCCAGAGCAUCGCUCUCCGACAUUUCCAGCUUGAGGGACAUAGAGGGCCUGUCCGUCAGGCAGCUGAAGGAGAUCCUAGCCAGGAACUUUGUCAACUAUUCAGGGUGCUGUGAGAAGUGGGAGCUGGUGGAGCGCGUCAGCAGAUUGUACAGAGAGACGGAGAAGAACAGGAAAUCAUUGGAAAAUGUGAGCAGUACUGUAACCACAGUGGUGGCCUUCCCCCCUCCUAUCUGCAACGGUGCCAUCGGAGACCGUGUGAAGGGUCCACUGACGAUCCAGGACGACAACCUCUGCAGGAUCUGCAUGGACGCAGCUAUCGACUGUGUUCUUCUGGAGUGCGGUCACAUGGUCACCUGCACCAAGUGCGGCAAGAGAAUGAGCGAGUGCCCGAUCUGCAGGCAGUACGUUGUGAGGGCCGUGCACGUCUUCAAGUCCUAAAGCACUGCAGCACCGCAGCACGUGCUUCAGAGUAGCAGCUCUGAAGCAAGCGAGACUGUACCUUAACUCAACCAUGCAGCUCACAACCUUUGAAUCCCAAAAAGACUUGAUUUUGUGGAUGUCUCAUGUUUGUAUUCACAUUAUUUGCACAUUGAAAUAUUAAGAGAAAUGUGUUUGUUUUUUGGAAAAUAUGUCACUCUUUGCUUUCACCAGUGGGCAGAGCGUAGGCUCAUACCCUCUUGUGAGUCAUUCCUUAAGUAAACAUAUCUAUAAUCUGUGCUCAUUCCUAAGUAUCAGUUUUGCUUUUCUUACAACUUUUCAACACAAAGAAUGUGUGGCACUCAGCCAUGUGCAGUCUCGUUUUAACACAACUCAUCACCCUCAGAUCAGCCUAUAAACUGCAGAUGGCCCUCAACUCUGAGUGUUCUUUAGAGCACUUCUCUUUUACAGCUGCUGCAAGGGAAUACAUAUCUUAGUAACACUGAGGACAGACACAUGCUGAACCUGAGCACAGGAGUUAGUUGCCAAAUAAUGGGUCACAACCUCACGCUUCUCACCCAUUUUCUGUUCCCUCGACUGUGUGGGCCAGUGUGUGACUGUUGGUUGUUUUAACAGUAAGCACUUUCACUCUGCGUUGAUGCACCACAUCUCACAAACUGCAAACCAGUAACAGAGGCUGAGGUAGCACGUGUACUUAUUAUGGAAUACUUGUCCAAGUUUCAGCCUAACUGAAGGAGU